GUAGUUAGUUACCUAGUAGUCGCGUUCAAGGUUCAUACUAAUAACUUAGGUUACAUAACUACACUACCCUAACCUACAUGUACCUAACCUACCUAACCUAGGUACACACCAUACCUACCUACCUACCUAUACUAUGUACUACUACAUGCAUACAAACUUCUAGUCCCUCUACAUUUCUCUGCUAUCUACUAUUACAACACAUUCCUCUACAUACAGAUGCGACACUUCACAGUCAAGUCGCCCCAAGGGACAAAACAACCCUUCAACACGCACGAGGUCCAACUUGAUGCAACCUUCCGACCAUGAUUCACCGUUUGGGGGUGGAUCGCUCCCUGCAUCCCCCAUAGCCGCCGCUUCGAGCUUGAAGAUUCAGAAGUCCCGCCACACUCUUAACCAUGUUUCAACUUUACCACUCUUCCAACCCGACGCCGCCCUUCCCUACCGCCGUUCUCACCCCUCCGCUGCCUCCCUCUACGCUUCUACCUUGUCCCCUCCUGGCUCUCGCUCCCAGUCGCCCAUCGGCCGCCCAGCCUCGCGAGUAGCAACCGCUUCCGUCUUUGGCACCCGUACCAAUAAUGCUCUGUCUCUCGUCUCCCCCGCUGCCGAAAACCCCGGCGAUCCCCUUCGCCUCAUCCUCGGCGCUUUUGUACCACAUGUUGCCGUCUACACAUCCCAAGACACCGACAUCUUACUGAAGGAGAAGGGCUUUGAACGCGGUUUGUGGGAGCUGCUUCGGCCUUUCGGGGAGCGGGUCCAAGGCAAAGUCAUAAUACGAGAUAGCAACGGUUCUAGUCGAACGUAUGAGGAUUACUCGAUACAUUUUACACGGCUGGGGGCGGGAAUUGUACAUCCAGAACCAUUAACAGCUGCCUUGAAGGCCCCUCAGUUCCCAGGAACACAUGGUGUCUUGGAAACCCCCACCGAAUCUGGAUUAGGGAGUGCCCAGUCAGGACGAGGAAUUGCCCUGUCGGACGUUGAGGCCGUUGUGGACCGUCAUCUAAGCUACGCCGAACAGUCUUUCUUUACUUUGCCGCAGAGUCCUACUAAUCAUGGUCUCGACCUCGAUGCCCCAUCACCGUAUUAUGCCUUGUAUUUACGUAGACUACUCUCGGGCUUACCAUUGACACCGCACGAGACAUUCGCCCAUCCAGCUGCCUGCGUUGUCGCUAUCAGUUCCCGGAACCAGACUCCAAUCGACACCCUUCGGCAACUAUAUAACGAGUCUAGCACUGGUGACAAACGACUACCCAACUGGGUUAAUGGCGAGUUUCUAAGAUACUACGUCUUGGUACACGAGGAAGAGAGAGACGAUAUCACAAGGUCCAUGUCGCUCUUUGACCAGAUGAAGCGAAAUUUCGGUCUCCACUGCCACUUACUCCGUAUCAGGGGAACACAAAGUGUCGCUACCGACGACGACAGCAUCCCCCUUCCACGGAGCGACUGGAUGUCGGCUUCGGAAGAGCUGGUUGAUAUUCAAAGAAGCGAGGACCAAGAAGACUUCGAGGAUCCCACUAGAUACAUAUUCGAAUCAGAUGCGACUGCUAUACGUACCUUCAUCCGCGAGAUGGUGACACAGUCAAUAAUACCGACAAUGGAGCGGCACGUAUCGCUGUGGAACGACCAGGUAGCCUCUCGAAGAAGAGGAUUAGCUGGCCGCUUCGUUGGUCAAUUUAAACGCUGGGGCUUUGGCAGCAGUUCCAGACCGUCGUUGUCGGGACAGAGCUCUGGGAGUAACUAUGAUUCUCUUGGAUUCUAUCGCCAGGACACUCCCGAGGCUAUCAUGAGGAAACUAGCGGACUAUGCUUUUAUGUUGCGAGAUUGGAAACUGGCUCAUUCAACAUAUGAGAUCCUCCGGGGCGAUUUCAAUAAUGACAAGGCUUGGAGAUAUCAUGCUGGGGCGAACGAGAUGGCCGCCAUUAGUCUCCUUCUCAUGCCUCAAAAUCUGUCAGCCAAAUCCAGGGUAGAAAUGGUAGAUACUGCGUUUGACUCGGCAUUCUACUCGUACAUUACACGCUGCAGUGAGCCAUACGGCGCAAUGCGGUGUCUUACUCUCGGCUUGGAGCUCUUGCGCCUGCGCGGUGGUUCAAGUAUCGACGACGCGGCAAAGUGGGGAACACGAUUAUUGGAAAGCAAGAUUUUAGGCCCCGUAGGAGAUGCUUUGAUUAAAGAGCGACUCGCAGUUUGCUAUGCAUCCAAGCAAGGCCUAGGAACGCUUCUUUGGGGUGCUAGACGUCGAAAGUCGGCGCUAUGGAGUGUACUUGGCGCCGAAGCAUGGCUAGAACAAGCCAAAUACAUUCAAGCGCAGCGCUGCCUCAACGAAGCUCGCAAAAUGUACUCAGAACUCCCGAGCGGCUACGGCAUUGAUAAAUUCAGCUAUGCUAGUAUAUUGAUGCUUAGUAUUGGUAAUAAGCUUAACCACAACCUCGAAGCAGGCGAGGACGAGGAUGACAUGGCCUCAGAUGAUCAAGACGAAGCUAUCGACGAGGAGAGUGAGGCUCUUGAUGUCAGGGGGCGACGUAUCAGCACAAUGGGGUUACCGGGGGGUACUGCAGGCGCAAGCUUAGAGACGGCACCGCUGAAAGCGCAACUGGACGCUUCGGAAGAGGGAAAGGAAAAACAGGAUACAGGUGAGGCCAAGGAUGAUUUUGGUUAGAUGUAACAACAUAGCACGGCACGGUACGGCAUGACAUGGUAUAUGUCAGAGACGUUGUUUGUCUGUUUCGGGCAUCGCCUAUGUCCAUCGUGUAUGAGGGUCAACAAGUACUGGGGGCUUAGUUUAGGUAGGCAGAGCGGUAAACUACUAGGUAUGGGGAAUGAUUAACUAUCUCAUGUAAUGCAACACCGAAUUUUCUUGCUUUUCGGAGUUGAUUUGCAAGCCAUGAAUAAGUUGGCGCUGCUCUGUGUAGUGGGCUCUCGGUAAUACUAGAUGCCCAUCUGUUGGAGGGACAUCGGGGUAGCGAGGAUAGGAGUCGUAGCGUUCGGCAGGUAUAUUAUUUGGCUUACUGAAGUUUGUUAAAUAGGUCGACUUGAACAAUCUUUACCACUACUAGGACCACUACUAGGUAGGUAGGUAUGUACUCAGUUGCUCUGGAUUCAAG